UAAAUUGCAAUUUCGAAAAAUGUAAACUCUGUUUUAAUUUUGGUAGUUAAAUAGUUCAUAAAGUAGUUAGUUUUAAUUCAUAGAGUUAUACCAUUAUAUGGAGAAACAGAUGAAAAUGAAAGAGCAUAUUACUGAAAAAAUGUGUAAUAUUCUAAGACUAUAUAAAACUGCUUUGAAUCAACACAAGAAUGUGGUCAAAAUAAACAUAUUUCAAAAUUAGACUACAACGCGUUAUGAAGAAAUGACAAUAAAAUAAAAUAAUUAAAAAGCAUUGAUUUAGUAAUUUGUAAUACUGAAGCAAUGCAAACAUGUUUGAAACAUCAGCCUAACCUUACAUUGUACAAUGAUUUGACAAAAAAAUACUAAAUGAAGUAUAUUUAUAUCGUUUAUAUAAAUAAACAUUUUCUUAUGCAUCUACACAAUACCAUCUUUUUAAUGUGGGAAUUUUAAUUUACUUUAGUUAUUAUUAUUUACCUAUGUACGUACGUUAAAGCUCAGCAGACACACUUUUGACAGCCAAUUCGACAUUGCGUGUAGGUACAUGCAAGCGGAACAUCUGACGAUCUAAAACCUCGUGAGUAUGUAACCUAAGUUUUUCAAAAUAUACAAUACGUAUUUUAUAAUUGUAAACAUAUCACGCACAGUUCAAGUUAGUACUAUUGUAUAUUUUACGGAAAUUAUUUUGAUAUGAAAUAAUUAAUUAUGGGCAAGGGUCAUAAGCAUUUAAAACAUUUAAAGUCUGAAAAGGCAAAAGUCAAACUAAAAGCGAAGAAAACGAAGCAAUUACCAAAGGGAUUGAAUGUCACACAUCCAACAUUCAAAGUUAAGAAGAUUGUGAUACGCGAACAGCUGAAACAACACGAUGACUCCGAAAUUCUUAGUAAAAGGAAGCUUAAUGUUAAGGACUUAUUGUCACGCCUUCAACAUCAUAACUCAACAGUUAGACAGGAUGCUAUACGAGAGCUGAAAGAUAUUCUGUCCCAACAUUCUUUGAACUUUUUGAGCCUACAAUUUGGGUCUCUGUUACAAGGUAUAUGUUCCUUGUCUCUUGAUAAAGAGAGAAACAUAAGGCACGAUUCUUUUAAAGUUUUAAGUUUGAUUCUUGGUCCAGUGUCUAAUGAUCACUUGAAUCCAUAUUGCGAUGUUCUGAUUUCAUAUUUGAGAUGUGCCAUGACACAUAUAGAUCCACGUAUCAAAGAAGAUGCUUUACUAUUUUUGGAUGUACUCGUACAAAAUUGCAGCGUUAUCUUGGCAAAAAAUAGUAAAAAGGUAUUGCCAAAUUUUUUAGAUAUGAUUUCUAGAUUGCAUACUGAAAUGAAACCUGAUAGGCAAUUAAUAACAACCUUAAGUACAAAACAUACCAAUGUAAAAUGGAGAAUAAAGGUUUUAGAAAGAUUGGCUACCAUGUUUGCUUCUAUUGUUAGUUUUUAUAAAUCACAGCAGAAUGUUUGUACAAAUUUCACUACACAAGUUGUCCAUGUAAACAAAAAUGUUAGGUAUGUUCCUGUUUAUGUAAAUACAUACUUUGAAAAUUAUGAAAUUGAUUUCGAACAAAGAAACAAUUUAAAGGAGAAUGCUGUAGAGAAAGCUUUAGAUGCAGAAGAACUUCUGAAAUAUGUAGAAGUGUUAAUGCCACUUAUAUUCGAUAGCUGGAUCGAAGUGUGUCCAAAUGAGAAAAAUGUGGAUAAUUCUGCACAUUUAAUUACAAUGGAAGCAUUAGAAUUAUUGAAAAGCGCCGUAGAAAUUAUACAGCUAAUAAUCGAAUGCAUAGACAUAUUGCAUAUCGAGUGCGACGUAAACAUGAAAUACUGGUUUAAAAGUAACUUUGAAAAUACGUUUGUAAAAAAUUUACUCUCAAAAUUUCCUUACAACAAAUUGGGCACGUCCGGAAGUUCUCUCUCGUCCAUGAGAAACAGAAAACGUCAAGAAGACUUCUCUGUUAACAAACCAUGCGAUAUUUCCUUGGGAGAUAAUUUAGGACUUUGUCAAAUUUACGUUUGGUUUACAACAAUACAAUACAAUGAUAAAAUUACACCUAAACUAAAUAAAACUUAUUCUAUGUCUGUACUUAAAUACUUAAAUGAGAGACUCGAGGACUGGUCACCCGAAGAUAAUAUCGUUUUACCACAGUUGAUUAAAUUAUUGAGAACAUUAUUUCUGAAAGCAAGUAAAAUUUGGUACAGAAAUAAUCUUGAUCUUAGCGAAACUCUACAAUCGGUUGUAAACGCAUGUUGCGAUCAGUCGAAGAAAGAACUGCAAUUACAAUUGUUUUCCAGCAUCAGUGAUAUUAUGUUAGACCAUACAUUGCACGAAUUACACAGAGAACGUGUAUUUAAAGAAUUUAUUUCAACUCUACCGAGUCUUCUUUUAAAGCCUAAGAUACACGAAAGUACGGUACAAAUAAUAAAUAAAGUGGUGCUUCGUUACAAGAACUGGAUCAGGAAUGAACUAGUGGAAAAUCAAAACGACAUUAUAGAAAAUGCUAAAAAGAUCGAAAUUAUUGGAACAGAAGAUGAGAAAAGAUCACGUCUUAUGAUCUGUAAUUUGUUUUAUUUCUUGGAUGCUCAAAUCUUUUAUUGAGCAAGAAACAUGUUUCUCAUAAUAAAUAAAGAUUUUGUAUACACACGUUACGCGUUCGAAACAGCAAGAAGAAAUAACGUCUUUCCCUCGGUUCACCGUUAAAAUAAAAUAUCCUUACAUUGAGAAGAUUGAACGAAAUUCUCUAGGAGAAUGUAACUGUUAGAGAGUACUUACAAUACUAUACUUCGACUGUAUAUAAAAAUAUAUUUUGGAUUUUUUCGAGUACGCACAGAGCGAUGAGAAAUUUCUUGACACGUUUGUUUUAUUCCGUAUUGUAGUAAAAAUAUUUAUUGCUUUAGAAUUAUCAUAAUAAUACUUAUAUACAAAUACUGGUGCAAUUAUUUCACUGUCCAUUGUCUACGGUUUGGAAGUCCUAACUUAAACGAAGCACGUUU